AGCGGGCACAGACCGGUUGCGGGACGCCGCGCGUGUGCGAGCGGCCGCCGAAGGCCCGUCCCGGCCGCGUUCCGCUGCCCCCGGGCCGGGUGAACCCCUCCGCGCAGGCUCCGGCCGGUCCCCGGCCCGCGCCGCCCCAGCUCGUUGGGUCCCAGGCCCGGCGCCGCAGCCGCCGGGCGCGCACACGGUUAAGGGCGGCCGCCCGCGCCGCCGGGCGCACAUCUGGCAGGGGGAAGGGCUGCGCCUCGUCCCGCUCCGCCGCUGCCUCCUGGAAAGUGCAUUUCCGCCCGGGCCGAGGCGCGGAGGCGGCUGGAGCGGGACGCGGCCGCUGCCGGGGGCGCGGGAUGCUCUAGGGCAGGAAAGGCAGCGCCAGGAGGGAGCGGCCCUGCCCCAGAGGUGCUGACACCGAGUUGCUGCUCUUGGGCAUCCAUGAGAGGCAGCUGAAGCCAGGCUGAGGUGGAGCAGCAGCACGUGGCCCAGGGCUUGGACAGUCAGGCAGAGACUGCUGCUCCACUCCACCUUUGGCUGCCCAGGCUGUGCUGUCCCCCUCAGCCACCCCUGGCAUCUCACAGGGCACGGACUCAGCAUGGAGGGGCUUUGGGCACUCGGUGUCCUGCUGCUUUCCUGCCUGCUGGUGCCCUGCCCUGCGGGCAGCCAGACCACUCCCAGCCCUGACCAGCGUUGGCAGAUGGACCCCGAGGAGGCACCAUCCCAGCACCGUGCCAGGCCUGUGCAGGAGCAGGAGCCCGGCGGUGCCCAGGAGGGGCUGCACUCGCGGCCCCGCUGCGUUCGCUGCUGUGAGCCGCCCAGCCCACACUUCUCCUACCCCCCCUACCAGCCCCUGCCUCAGAUCAACAUGACCAUCCUGAAAGGUGAGAAGGGGGAUCGUGGUGAGCGAGGCAUGCAGGGCAAGUUUGGCAAGACAGGGGUGGCCGGCAGCAGGGGCCACGCAGGGCCCAAGGGGCAGAAGGGCAGCGUGGGGGCGCCGGGUGAGCGCUGCAAAAGCCACUACGCAGCCUUCUCGGUGGGCCGCAAGAAACCCCUGCACAGCAACGACUACUACCAGACCCUCAUCUUUGACACCGAGUUUGUCAACCUCUACGACCACUUCAACAUGUUCACGGGCAAGUUCUACUGCUACGUCCCCGGCAUCUACUACUUCAGCCUCAACGUGCACACGUGGAACCAGAAGGAGACGUACCUGCACCUGAUGCGCAACGGGGCGGAGGUGGUGAUCCUGUACGCGCAGGUGAGCGACCGCAGCAUCAUGCAGAGCCAGAGCGUCAUGCUGGAGCUGCGGGAGCAGGACGAGGUCUGGGUGCGGCUCUACAAGGGCGAGCGCGAGAACGCCGUCUUCAGCGACGAGUACGACACGUACGUCACCUUCAGCGGCCACCUCGUCAAGUACAGCGGCGACCCCUGAGCGCCCGCUGCCCUCCGAGUGCCCCCUGCCCCUCAUCCCCUGGGGAGGGUGUCCCCGGAGCCCCCGCUGCCCCCUCACCCCGGGCACUCCUCCCGCCGUGAAGCUGUUGGCCCUGCUGUGUACCGCUCCCCGAGCAGCGUGUGAACAUCCCCCCCAGCUCCCAGGCCCUGUGUCUGGAGGGGUUGGAGCCACUUCCAGCCUCCGCUGCGUUUGCUUCCCCAGGGCUGGCAGGGAGCUCAUUCACCCCUGUGCCCUUCAGAGCUGGUUUGCUGGGGCACAAGCACCCCUGGCACUGGCUGUGAGCUGGUGCCAGAUGAAUGGGUUUGGCUCCCAGUGCCCCGGUGCAAGGCAGGACAGACACGUGCACUGUGUUCCCCCCUUUGCCUGGCUUGCACUGUGCUGAGCUCUGCAGGCUCCUGCUCCUGGAAGAGGGCAGAAAGUGCUCAGCAUCCAGCAGGAAAGGAAAUAAAACCACUAAGGGCUCUUUUGCUGAGCUGGGCCCCAAGGCACAACACAGUGCUGGGUGCUCUCUGGGCUGAUACCUCCCCUAAGCACUCCCACGAGGUGUGAAUUUCAUCAGCUCCCCUCAGCAUGCCCUGUCACAGUUCCCCCAUCACAGCCUCUGCUCGGUGUGAGCUGCAGAGGGGGGCUGGCUCCCCUCCACAGCCACUGCCGGGCCCUUCAGCCCCAGCCACUCCCUCUGCACUCAGAUAUCUGCUGGCCAGGCUUUGCACUUCUGUAGAUGCAAUAGCAGAGCGAGGCCUAGGGCAGCCUGCUCGCCCUUGCUCUCUGUACAGCUUGUGACCACAUUAAACACCCCACAACUUCCAGUCCUACUCACA